AUGGAGGUGAGUGGACGAGAGGGGAUCGUCUGGCCACCGACCACAGGAAUCAUUUCGGAGAAGUUUGGGUCAAAGAGAAAAGAAUUCGGUCUGUUUGCCGGCCAACCCCAAUUGCAUUUCAACGGGACAACUGAAGGAAUGAGAGAAUGGGAGGAGCCGAACGGUCUGACUCAAUUGAGAAGAAUAGGAGAGGGUGGAUGGCAGAUGGAAAGAUUU